AGGAAUCUGUGGUGCACCGCUAUGUUCAAGGUCCACGAUAAAUCUACCUCACACUAGUGAAGCUAAAUCUGUUUUCCCGUUUGUUAUAUGCAUUUCUUGGUUUCGUAAAUAAGUGCAACGUUACAUGACAAGGUUAUAAAUUGUUCCAAUUCAUAACAGCGUGUAAAAGAGACGUCUUAAUGGUUUUGUUAAUCUAAAACAAGAACGGAAGUCGUCACUUUAUGGCCUAAGAUGAACACAGAGUGAACCGUCCAUAUCACCACUGAAAUGUCUCUGCCAAAGAUCUCCCGUCUCCCCUCAGUGAAGCUGCUGAGCUCCAUCCACCACCAGCAGCUGCUGCUCCUCCGCUCCGUCUCCCCUCUCUCUGUCCCCAGAAGAGCUCUGUAUCAGGGUGAAUACAGACGACCCGGCCAGACCAGAGAAAAGCUCUCGCAGCCUCUAAAAAACUUUGACUUCUCAAAGGGUUUGGAAGGGAUUAAGAAGCAUCUCGCGCUGCUGAAGAAGGAGUUUUCGGACCGCUUUGUUGGUCCAGAGGGCAGGCCGCUCUCUGAGCACUUGCUGGAGCAGAACCGGGUGGUGUGGGAGUUCAGAGGUCCGGAGAGCCUGGAGCAGUGGACGGUGUCCUCAGAUCGAGAGAUAGGAGGCCAUAGUGAAGCUCACUUGAAGCUUGGAAAAAACAACACCACCUGUUUUCUGUACGGGACUCUGAACUCGACUCCUCCAAGGGACGGAGAAACACGCUACAGUGGCUACUGCACCCUGCGCUCAAAGCAACCACUGUCAUCAUUCGAUCGAAAAAAGCACCACGAUUGGACCAGUUUCAACACCCUGCAUUUGCGAGUGCGCGGCGACGGCCGUCCUUGGAUGAUCAACAUCGCCACAGAAACAUACUUCUCUCACCAAAGGGAUGACAUAUACAAUUAUUUCCUGUAUACCAGAGGAGGCCCCUACUGGCAAGAUGUCAAGAUACCGUUCUCCAAGUUCUUCCUCACGAGUCGCGGGAGGAUACAAGACACCCAGCAUGCUAUUUGGCUGGACAAGGUAAACACCGUUGGGUUCACCUUGGGGGAUAAAGCAGACGGUCCGUUCCAGCUGGAGAUCGAUUUUAUCGGCGUCUGCAAAGAUUACGCACACACUGAGGAGUUUGCCUAUGAGCUGCACAAAAGGAAUCCUGAAGUUUGAGAGCAGCUGAUACUCUGCAGAUGAACUGUUAUACAGACACUGUCAAUAAAAAAAUGUACUUGUAAA